GAUCACUAAUGCCAAUGACAGACAUCGAUUUUCCCAUUUACCAACACCAUUUUUUAAAAAAUCUCCAAACGCGCCCUUAAUCCGCCUCCGCUUUCACGGCCAAACUGCGCUUGAUGUUCCCGCCAAAGCCAGAACGAACCGGCCUGCUCGGCGGCGACGCGGCGGCGAAGGUUAUCGUCGCCGUCAAAGCAGAGAAAGUCAUCUCUAAGACCGCCUUCGCUUGGGCUGUCGACCACGCGGCCUCCCCAGGCGACUGCAUUACGCUUCUCGCCAUCUUCUCCGACAACAAAACUGCAGGCGGGAGGAGAUUUUGGGGACUUCCUCUGUUGAAAGGAAACUCUCGAAGUUGCCAACCGGAUCGCCUUCGUCAGAUUGCUGAGUCCUGUUCUCAGAUGGUUCUUCAAGUCCGGGAUAGAAUCGAGGUGAGGGUGCAGAUCAAGAUUGUAUCAGCAAUGUGCACUGGUGCUGUGGCAGCUGAAGCAAAGAGUAAUGCAGCAAAUUGGGUUAUAUUGGACAAGCAGUUGAAGCAAGAGAUAAAGCAAUGCGUGGAUGAAUUGCGUUGCAAUAUUGUAGUCAUGAAGAAUUCCCAGCCAAACGUUCUUCGCCUCAAUCUAACCAGCCCUAACGAUACUCAAACACCUUUCUACACUCCCGCUUCGUUCCCUAUUCGGGAUAGUAAGAAAUUGCAGAGCCAAAGUGUGAAACAUAUGGCUCGUGUUAGCAGUCGUGAGGAUCCAAAUGCUUCCUCCUCAAGAAUGUCAACCAGAAACAUAUUAUCAACUCCUGACACCGCAUCUUCUGUCUACGUCGUUUGUGAAAACAAUCCACUUUAUCAAGGAUUAAGUAAAGGUACCUAUCCACCUGAUAGAGUCAUUGCACACAAUGCAGAAUCAGAAACUUCUCUGAGUCCGAGGUUCUUGAUUGCUCAGAAUGAUGAAAAUGGCUCGGAUCUUGGAAACACGGAUGUCAUCUCUAGGAGUACGUACACCUUGGCCAGAACUGAAACAGGAGCAUAUAGUGAUGAAGGAAUUGAAAACAGUCAAAUUUCUGAUGGAGAUUAUGCAUACAACUCUAGCAUCCGGGAAGCUGUUUCUUUUAGAGCAACUUCCCCAAUUCCUCCUCCUUUAUGUGUUAUUUGUAAAUCCAAGGCUCCAAGAUUCGGAGAACCUCCAAAGCAGUUCCACUACAAAGAGCUAGAGGAAGCUACGAAUGGUUUCUCACACGCAAACUUUUUAGCAGAAGGCCGGUUUGGUUUGGUUCACAGAGGAGUUUUGAGGAAUGGAUUGGUCAUAGCAGUGAAGCAACUGAAGUUUGCUGGCCCUGAGAGGGAUGCUGAUUUCUGCAGGGAAGUAUGUGUACUAAGUUGUGCUCAGCAUCGGAACGUAGUGUUGCUUAUUGGCUUUUGCAUUCAGGGGAAGAAGAGAUUGUUGGUGUAUGAGUACAUCUGCAAUCGGUCUUUAGACUUUCAUUUACAUGUUGCAGGAAGAGGAAAUCCAGUUCUUGAUUGGCAAGCUCGUUUGAAGAUAGCUAUCGGGACUGCAAGAGGACUACGAUAUCUUCAUGAAGAUUGCAGGGUGGGAUGCAUAAUUCACAGAAAUUUGCGGCCAAGCAAAAUCCUUUUAACUCAUGAUUUUGAACCUCUGGUUGCUGAUUUUGGACUGGCAAGAUUGCAUGACGAGUGGGAGUCAUGUGAAAGUAGCCAAAUCGUCGGAGCUUCAUGGUAUCUUGCUCCAGAACUAGUCAGUGGUGGAAAAAUGACUGAGAAGGUCGAUGUAUACGCGUUUGGCCUGGUAUUACUGGAGCUAAUCACCGGGCAACGGGCCCAUGACUUGCAAUAUUGCUCGGACAAUCAAUUCUUGUUAGACCAUAUCCGUGCUUUGGCCACGGGUGACACACCACAUAUAUUCGGCUACAACAAUCAAUUGCUGGAUCCCCGGUUGGUCCCGUACCAACUCCAACCCAUGUUACCGUAUGAGCUUCAGGCAAUGGGAUACGCGGCCUCAUUGUGUCUACAACAAGAUCCUGACCUCAGACCACCCAUGUCAAAGGUAGUUAAGAUGCUAGAAGGAGGAAGUGCAGCUAGUUGUAGGGACUCAGUUGGUUGUCGAAGCGGGCACCUGCAGGGAUUGAAUACAAAUGCGUAAUUGGAAUCCAUUUCUUUUUUCUUGGUGAGUUUUACUUCGGAAAUUUGUCAGGAUUGUUCUGGUAUAUCAUAUACAGUACUAUGUAGUAGUCAAUUAAUAUUGUUUUAGGCCUGUUGUAGAUCAUGAGUAUUUUUAAUUCAUUUUUUUAUUUGCUAAUCUAUCAUAGAUUUAUAUCCUAAUUUUUUGGACCCAACUUUCAGUUUCACUGUUUUAAAGUUCUAAUUAAACGUCGUCCAUUGUCCACCAAAAAUAGUCUCCUAGGUGGACGACACGAGUUUUAAUAAAUUGCUAAAGUAAAAGAGAAAAUGGGCAAAAGUGGAUAAAAUAGAAGAGAGAAAUAAUAGGAAUAUAAGAGUAAUAAUUUGAAAGAAACUUUUCAUUUUUGGAUUAAACUAUUUCUUGUGGGAGGAAAGAGUAUAACUAACUAAUAUUAUUUGCUAAUAAUCAACUCAGUAUAUUAAAAUGUUAACACACUGACAUUAGAGCAUCCGCAGCGGUGAUUUUCACGGCGAGUUGACCCUUAAUUAUUCAUGGCCCGCAUAACUUUUAACCAUUUUUUUAUUACAUCCUUUAAUUAAGGGACAACACCUGCAACAAUCUAUCUCAUCAUUUAACUAUUCAUGAGUUUCAUUAUUUUAUUCUUCA